GUAAAACGAAGAACUAAAAGCAUGUACAAUCAUUCAAGUUGUCAAUCUGAUGGUUCAUCAUCAUCCACAAGUAUUAGGUCAAAUAAUAUCAGUAGACCAAAAAGCAGAACACCUACCACCACUUCCUCAAACACAAUUGAAGAUAUCAUUAGACCAGAUGAUAUAACAAGUAUAAGGAAUGUUAUAGAAGGCUCCACUGACUCGGAAACUGAACAGUUGUAUUUGAGUGUGGUAUGGUAUGGUGGAAAGCUGGGUUUAGCCUACUAUGAUGUGGAUACCUUACAGAUACAUGUUAUGUUAGAUACAAUGGAGACAGAUGAUUUUAGUUAUUUGAAAAGAGCCAUAAAGCAAAUUGAGCCAGCAGAAAUUAUAUUGAGUUCCAAACAGGAUGAUAGAUUAUUGAAAGCAUUAAAGAAAACAGUGGAAGAAGUGUAUUGCGGUAAAAGAACUGAUUCUAAUCCAGCCUCUGACACAUCAUCAAUUUUACAGUAUAUGCCUAGUAUUGAUUUCUCUUUAGAGAUUUGUAAAAGAAGAAUAUUAUCAAUAGAUUUACCAGCUAUGCCCAAACACUAUACAGAUACAGAAAGGAUUCUUUAUAUGUCUUCAUUAAUAUCAUUUGAUAAUGUUUCAAUGGUAAAAGCAACUGGUGGUCUGUUGAAGUUUCUGGAAAAGAAGAGAAUUGGAGUAGAAUUAGAGAGUCAUGAUGUUAGAGUUCCAGUUCUAGGUUUUAAGAACUUUUCAUUAGAAGAUCAGAUGAUAUUAGAUGAUAGUGCAUACAAUGCCUUGCUGAUAUUUCAUAAAGAAUGUCAUCCGUCUGUAUAUAAAUCAGGUACAGCUUAUAGUGGUAAAGAAGGACUUAGUCUGUUUGCUGUUUCAUUCUUUAGUUUACCACGUAAUAUUGAAGUUUUAUCAACUUUACAAGACUGUAUGAAACACAUCAGAAAUAUUCCUAGAAUAUUAUCGAAGAUGGUCCUAGCACAAGCUAGUAUAGCUGAUUGGCAAGUGAUGUAUAAGACUGUUUAUCAUGCUAUUUAUAUUGGUGAUAUCUGUCGUUCUCAAGCUGCAAAUAUAGCUAUUUUUAAAAAGGUUGCUACAAGUUUUUCAGAUGAUUUACAUAGAAUUGCUACAUUAAUAAGUAAAAUAAUAGAUUUUGAUGAAUCAGUAACUCAAAGUAGAUUUGUAGUCAAACCUAAUGUUGAUGCUGAGUUAGAUGAAAAAAAACGUACUUACAAUGGUUUACCAGAUUUUAUGACUAAAGUUGCUCGUGAAGAAUUGAAUAAAUUAGGAAAUAAUAUCACUGAAUGUAGUGUUAUAUAUCUGCCUCAUCUAUGUUAUUUACUAGCCAUACCUAAAACUGAUGCUAUGGUCAAUGAAGAAGACUAUGAAAUUCCAGGUCUGGAUUUCAAGUUUAUGUCUAAUAAUAUGUUACAUUAUAAAAGCCCUAGAACAAGAGAAUUGGAUACAUUAUUAGGUGAUACACAAUGUGAAAUAAUAGACCAUGAAACUAACAUAAUGCACAGAUUACAGAACACAAUAUUAGAACAUUCUAAAGUAUUAAAUGAUGUUAUGGAAUACACUGCUGAGCUUGAUUGUUUAAUGUCUUUAUCAACUUGUGCUAGAGAAUUUGGGUAUAUAAAACCUGAAAUGGUAGAAGAUAAUAUUAUAGAUGUUGAAGGUGGCAGACAUCCAAUUCAAGAGUUAUGUUGCAGUCCAUUUGUACCUAAUGAUUAUUGUAGCAACAAUACUGAUGGCAGAAUUAAAAUAUUAACUGGACCUAAUGCUUGUGGAAAAAGUGUUUAUUUAAAACAGAUAGCACUAAUAGUAUAUAUGGCACAUAUUGGUAGUUUUGUUCCAGCAGAAAAAGCUACUAUUGGUACCGUUGAUAGAAUUUUUACUAGAAUAAAAUCAUUGGAGAGUGUUUCUGUUGGUCUUUCAACUUUUAUGUUGGAUAUAACUCAGAUGUCAGAGGCUUUAAACAGUGCAAUGAGUCGAUCUUUGAUUUUAGUGGAUGAAUUUGGAAAAGGAACUCAAACAAUUGAUGGGUUAUCUUUAUUGUGUGCAACAUUAAGAUAUUGGUUGGCUAUGCAGAAUGCUUGUCCACAUGUUAUGGUUUCAACUCAUUUUCACAGUAUUGUACAUGAACAGCUCCUUCCUAAAUCACCUCAGCUUAAAUUUCUGACGUUAGACACACUACAUAAUGGUGAAGAUUUGGUAUUUUUGUAUCAAGUAGUAAAUGGUACUACAAGUUCUAGUUAUGCUAGUCAUGUUGCUAGUAAAGUUGGUCUUCCAGAAGCACUUGUGAAACGUGGCAUAGAGGUAUCAGAACUGAUAAGGAAGAAGCAACCAAUUCAAAGACUUGAUUCUGAAAGUACUGCCGUGAAAUUCAAAAAGUGUAGGAAGAUAGUGAAGAAGUUUUGUGAAUUAGAUUUUGAAAAAGAUGAUGUUGAGCAAUUUUUGAAUGAAGUUGUAUUACCUAUUUACAAUAAAGAAUGAAAUUAUUCCGUUCAUAUAUAUCAUAUCCAUUGGAAUUCAUCAUAUUAUGUUAUAUUAUUUGCCAAAGUAUUUGCCCUAUAACUUAUCUUUCAAAUAUAAAUAGUGAAUAUAAUGAAAGAUACCUGCAUAUAUGUUGAAUUAUGUAAAAUACUUGUUAUUUAUCAAUAAAGAAUAUACAAUUG